AUGGUGAGCAAGGAAAUCAGCAGCGCUACACAAUGUACUUACCGGCCCAGCACUAAUGCAAGGAGACUACUAACAUUCGUCUUUCUAGUAUGGGGCGCCGAUCCGAAGUACAACCCACGCCUGACUCUCGCGCUGUCUAAUGCGAAACGAGCCUCCAUCCCUAAAACCGUGAUCGAAGCCGCCAUUCUCCGAGGCCAAGGACUCAGUGUCACAGGACAAGCCUUAGAAAAUGUGACAAUUGAAGCGAUGUUCCCCGGAUCAGUGGCCGCGGUGGUGGAGUGUCAGACUGAUCAGAAGGCGCGUGUGCUGCAAGACAUCCGAUACAUGAUCAAGAAUGGCGGCGGCACAGUAACACCCACGACUUUCCUAUUUGAGAAGAAAGGUCGAGUCGCUAUGGAAAACAAGGAGGGAGUAAAUGCGGAUGACUACUUGGAUCAGGCCAUCGAGGCCGGUGCCAUAGACAUCAUCAUGGACGAGAAGAAGCGCCUGGUCGUGUUCACUGACCCGUCUGAGACUAAAAGUGUUGGCGAGGCGUUCUCUAAACUGUCGGGUCUUACAUUGGAAGAGCUGGAGAUCUUCUGGGAUCCGAACCCAGAUACCUUGGUCGAUGUGCAGGAUGAGGAGCAGCUCAAGGGUCUUGAAGAUCUAGUGAGUACAUUACGGGAGGAUCACACUGUUCAGGAUAUCUAUAUGAACUCGAUCCAGAAGUUCUAG